GACAUCUCGCGAGAGGUGAGCGCGCCAGGCCGGACGGGAGUAAAGUGUCUGCUCCGCUGAGGUGGGAGAAGAGCCCAGAGCGAGAACGCGGGCACUGAGCACGGUAGGUGGCGGAGCUACCGGCAGCUCCGCUCAGCUAUAUGAAAUAUGGGAGACGACAGACCGUUUGUGUGCAAUGCCCCAGGCUGUGGACAGAGAUUUACAAACGAGGACCACCUGGCGGUUCAUAAACACAAGCAUGAGAUGACAUUGAAAUUUGGCCCAGCCCGGACAGACUCAGUCAUCAUUGCAGAUCAGACCCCUACCCCUACUCGAUUCUUGAAGAAUUGUGAAGAGGUGGGGCUCUUCAAUGAACUAGCUAGCUCCUUUGAGCAUGAAUUCAAGAAAGCUGCGGAUGAUGAUGAGAAAAAGCAGGCUGCUGGGCCCUUGGACAUGUCCCUGCCCUCCACACCAGACAUUAGAAUCAAAGAGGAAGAACCAGUGGAGGUAGACUCAUCCCCCCCUGACAGCCCAGUCUCCAGUCCCCACUCCCCACCAAUAAAAAAGGAGGUCACCUCCAAGCCCGCUGUAAUCUCCACUCCCACACCCACCAUUGUUCGACCAGGAUCUCUGCCUCUCCAUCUGGGCUAUGAUCCACUUCACCCAACCCUUCCCUCCCCAACCUCUGUCAUCACACAGGCUCCACCUUCCAACAGGCAGCUGGGGUCCCCCACUGGCUCCCUCCCUCUCGUCAUGCACCUUGCUAAUGGACAGACCAUGCCUGUGCUGCCAGGGCCUCCAGUACAGAUGCCUUCUGUUAUAUCGCUGGCCAGACCCAUCUCCAUGGUCCCCAACAUUCCUGGUAUCCCCGGUCCACCAGUCAACAGCAGUGGUUCAGUCUCUCCUUCUGGCCUGCCCAUGCCCUCAGAAGCCAAGAUGAGACUAAAAGCCACUCUGACCCACCAAGUCUCUUCCAUCAAUGGUGGUUGUGGAAUGGUGGUGGGCACUGCCAGCACUAUGGUGACUGCUCGCCCAGAGCAGAGCCAGAUCCUCACCCAGCACCCUGAUGCCCCAUCCCCUGCUCAGCCACAGGUCUCCCCGGCACAACCCACCCCAAGUACUGGGGGGCGGAGGCGGCGCACAGUGGAUGAGGAUCCCGAUGAAAGGCGACAGCGUUUCCUAGAACGCAACCGCGCAGCAGCCUCUCGAUGCCGGCAGAAGCGCAAACUCUGGGUGUCCUCCCUGGAGAAGAAGGCAGAGGAACUCACAUCCCAGAACAUCCAGCUGAGUAAUGAAGUCACAUUACUGCGCAAUGAGGUAGCCCAGUUAAAACAGCUGCUGUUAGCGCACAAAGACUGCCCAGUCACUGCACUACAGAAGAAGACCCAAGGGUACCUUGCAGAAAGCCCCAAGGAGAGCUCAGAGCCAACAGGUUCCCCAGCCCCGGUGAUCCAGCACAGCUCUGCAACAGCUGCUAGCAAUGGCCUCAGCGUCCGCUCCGCCGCCGAAGCCGUCGCCACAUCAGUCCUCACUCAGAUGGCCAGCCAAAGGACAGAACUGAGCAUGCCCAUACAGGCGCAUGUGAUCAUGACCCCACAGUCCCAGUCUGCGGGCAGAUGAUGCCUCCCCCAGUGGAGAAGUCCCUGGCCAGAGCUCGCCCUCCCAAAAGCUGAGAGAGACAACAUCCCUUCUCCUCCUACCUGCCUUGCACAUGGGAUGGCAGGGGAGAAAUUGUGUUUUAAGUGAGUAAAGGACAGUUAUGGAGCUAUUCACCUACAUAGGUCCUACACAUCUGACCUGUGUACUCUAAGGGCCUGCCAGCCCCAAAGCAUCCGAUCACUCCCACCUCACACCCCAAGGUGGGUUCUCAUCCCCCAUUGCAAAAGGUCUUCCUCAGUGGUGGAAAUAACACCUCUCCAAGCCCCCUGUACUGUCCACAUGCCCACCUGUUUUAACACUAACCUGUCUGCCAGCGGAUCAAGAGAGUUUCUCUGCUCUCUUCCCCUCUGCCAAACUGUAGCCGUCACCUUUGCAAGGCUAGGCAGCGUGCUCGUGUCAGGCUGCCUGGAGAGCAUGGGGAGGGUCCAACUGGAGUGUGCUGUCCCAUCCAGCUCCCGUGCCCAUACCCUCUCUGCCCUCAGAGCCUGGCUUGGUCCCCCAAAGCCACCAGCAUUAUCCUCCUCCCACCAUCACCAGUUCUCCUAUUUCAAUAUUAAGAAUCUUGGGUUGCCCAAGUGGGCUCUCCUCCAUUUCUCCAAUACGCCUCGGCAACCUCGUUUUGUGGCCUUAAAUUGUUAAGCCUCACCUGACUUCUGGGUUUUCUUCCCCAUACCUCAGCUCAGACUGUUGGGACGCGAUGGAGCCGUGUAUGUCUACAGGAAAUGCCAUGUCAGGCUUCUUCCACAAAGUCCUUAAGACGGUGGUUUCUCUGCCUUUUGCAGCAGUUACCUGGCCAGCGUGCGUGUGCACAUCUGUGCCUCUGCUGGUUUCUUCCCCUCGCCACACUUCUCUCUUAGCUCUCCUUCCAUCAGUCUGCAGAUCAAAGCAGCCCAGCACCAAGGCUGGGUGGUAUGUUUACAGAAACUUACGUUUCCUAAAUUGUUCCUCAGCCCAAUCUUUACAUUUAGAAGAACCUGUCCCCCUCAGGCUCUUCCUUCUCCUUCCCCCACCAUCUUCCCAGGCCAGCUCUCCUUCCCCCACUUCUGCGGUUAUCGCCCAGCUCUCGCUGCCUUCCCUCACCUGGGACCCAGAGUCCCCGGGCUCCUGAGGCCUGAGAGGCCAGGACAUGAUGUGAGCUCCCUUGGGUACAGUGAAAUGUUGGCUCGGAAGGAAACCUCAGCCUUCCUCCGGUAGAGAGAGAGUGCCAGGAGCCGCCCUCUCCCUGUCCCAGCCUCCUGCGUGACUUCUGGUUUUCCCGGAACUAACUAUGCAAUUUUGUGGCAGGGCUAAAGGCAUUACCCAUGGGGAAGGCCUCUGGCGGUCCUGGAGCUGCCUGCUGCUGGCUGCCUGAGUCACCAGAGCCCUGGAGAAGGGCGAGCUCCCUCUCUCACCUUGUCUUCCAGAAGGAGUUGCCACGGAGAGCUAGGAUCCCGCUUCAUGCUUCUUUCUCCCCCGAUAACACCUAAGCCAGGCCUCAGGCCCAGGGCUGCUGUCGGCUCUUUUUUGAACUUACCCAGAUGUUUUUCAGGCCCAAAGCUGAGAAAGCUAACACACUGUGGAGCUGAGGAAGAGAAAGAAGUCCCUUUCUCUUCCUCCUUGGGGUCAAGGACGGUCCCUGGGAUGACUCAGAGAGCUGCAGGCGUCACAUCUGCAGCCAGGAUCAUUCCCAGCCUCAGCUCCUCAGCUCUGCCGGGCCGGCCUUCCUCAGACACUCAGAGCCGGCACAUGCCUUCAGCAUCCUUUGGCAAGUGCUUUAGGGCCCGUUUUUAUUCUUAGCUUAGCACUGAGGGCCAUGCUCGAAACCCUGCUGCCUUUAUGGCUCCUAGGGAGCUCCACAGAGCUGUCCGGCUUCCCAAAUCAAAUGCUUUUAAACUUGAGGGUUUUCCCAAGCUCAGGUGUCUGUUGGGCAGCCACCUCCUUUUACCAAAGAAAAGGGUGCAGCUCCUGCCCUUCUGUCUCCAUCUUGGAGGUGGGUUUGGGGGUAGAUUAUUGGCCCUCUCUUCCCCCAGGCCCAUUCCCAAAUCCUGGUGUGCCUGUACUCAUCCGCUCAAGGAAAGCAUUCGCAGAGUAGGGAACAUCACAAUUGUAGGCACUCAGGUUCUUCCUCCUCCCUUUCUCACUCCUCCGUGCAGAGUGCCCCUCCACACGAGAGCCCCAGGGGUGGUAACUGACAGGACCAGCGUGGUGAGCACCCCAGCCACGGCAGAAUGAGAGCCUUUCUCUUGGCCUGUGGGGGCCUGAGACCUGAGAAGGGGCAGAGCUCCCUAGCAGAACAGGUGUGUGAAGGAAGAGCCCCCACUUAGCAAGCCUAGCUCCUGGAGCUCCAAAAACCACAGUGCCACAGCACCCAGACACAGCCUCCUUGGCCUGUGUGGAGGAAGAGAAGAGCCUUGGAGAGUGGCUCCCACCAGAAGCAGCAGCAGGAAUGCCCUUGCUCUUGUACCAUGUGUCACACAAACAACUUGAGUCUUUUUUUUUUUUUUGAUGAGACAAUUGGGGUUAAAUGAAUUGCCCAGGGUCACACAGCUAGUAAGUGUCAAGUGGCUGAGGCUGGAUUUGAACUCAGGUCCUCCUGACUCCAGGGCCAGUGCUUUAUCCACUGAGCCACCUACUGCCCUGACAACUUGAGUCUUAAGACAUGCAGCAGGAGCAGCAUCUGAUUGUCUGCACCGCACCUCAUCUUCUGCCUGAUUUGUGUCCCCAGAGGUUACCUUGGCUUCUCUGACCAACCCCACAGUCCCUUAACCCCAAACACUCAACUUUUCACUCUUUGGCUCUAACCACUAGGCAUACCUUGGGAUGGGAUCAGGUGGUGCCAGCCCACUCUGGUCCUAUUCUGCAUGAACUCUCCCUCUUGGUUCCUCCUCCCAGCAUUCACUGCUGCCCAGCUCCAUGCCUUCCUGCCCUUCUAGUCCGCUCAUUCCUGGGAGGGGGCCCUUCCUCGAUAUAACCCAUCCCGACUCCACAGACACAGACAGACAUCAGUUCCCUACUUCCACCCAUACUGAAUUCUUCCUCCUGGGGCUUCACAGGUCCUCUAUACUCUUCUCUUGGCCCCGCUUUGGGACAGAGGCCCUCCCAGGAAGCAGCCCGAUUUGGGAGUGCCUCUGACCCCCUCAGCCCAAGCUUGCAAUAAUUCUCUAUUAAUAAUGUACAUUGUAUACCCCAGAUGGAAAUGUUAUCUUUGUUUUUUAACCUCAUAACCUGACUGUUUAGAAUUCAGCCUUCUGUAUUGCAUACAUACGCCUCUGUUGAUGUGCUUGCCACUCUUUUUGGACUUCUUUUGUGUCCGAGAACACGUGGGGGAUGGGACGGGAAGCUGGAGAAGAGCCCCCGGCCAGGCAAGAGCGGCUCUUUUUUCUUUUGGGGGUUUUUGUUUUUAUUUUUGAGAUUUUCUUUCCUAGCUCCUCUCCUUCCUCUCCCUCCCCCAGACAGACCAGGAGGUUGAGUGGACGUCAGCCAGCCCCCAUUUCUACCUUGGGUUGCUCUGCCGUUUGGGCUUUUUUUUGAAGAUCCUGGUCUCAGAAUGGGGCCAUCACAGGGCCUUACCCCAGCUUCAGGGCUGGGCUGAGGGAGCACAGAAGGGUCCCCUGGUGCCUUAUCAGUCACUUGCUGUGAGCUACAGGGAGAGGAUGGUCAGGAGCAGCCCGUUAAUUGGCUUUACCAUAAGGGGACUUUGACCUCUUUGUUGGUGUGUGUUAAAUACUUCCCCUUGUUCCUCACGCCCCCUCCCCCCCCAACUGUGACAUUUUCACUCCAAAAAAACCUCAGGUAGAAAGAAGGUGGUUUGGGAAGAUAGGUGUCUCCUCCCCUCCAUGAUGUUUAGUUAGGGCCAGGUGGGCCAUCAUCCUGUGUCUCUCCAGGACACAGAAAACAGCCUGAGUCUUGUGGGCGGGGGGGGGGGGGGGUAGGGGAGCUCUAGCGCCUGCCGUGGAAGAGAGAAAUGGCAAUGUCAUGAUGUUGGGUCUCUAAAAGGAAGCAGUGCAUAUCUAGUGACUAUAUCUCCGUACAUCUAUAUAUCCUUGACAUGUAACCUUACCUUCCCAUCCAACCCCCUCUCCCUAGACAAGGGGCUCUUCUCUGUUUCCAGGUUUCCCUACCCUCAGAAGUGAGCUGCCAGGGGGUGGGUUGUGCUGCCAGCUAUUUUAUUACAAAGAGAUUUCUUCCCUUCUCCCUCCCCUCCAUUCUCUAAAUCUGCAUGACAGAAAUGCCCUGUGAGCAGGCUCUCACAAAUUCCCAGGAAGGGGACUGGGCAAGGACUUGACUCCGCUCUCCCUGAGUUUCCUCUCCUUUGCCUCCUAGCUGUUUCCUCCUAGCCAUUGUCCCUCCCUCCCCCACAUAUAUUGUGCCUUAUUUAAUGCUGCAAAUAUAACAUUAAACUAUUAACA